CCCCUCGACCCCUCGAGCCUUGCAGACCCCUUCCCCCGUCCCUUGCGUCUCCCACGCCUCGCUCUCAUCCCCGUGCGACCAUGAAAAUCCGACCGUGCCGCGUCCUGACGUUCGCCGUCGUCCUCACGUUCGCCGUCGCCCCCGCGGAACCGGCGGAGAUCCUCAUCGCCGUCACCUUCGGCACCAAGAGUCACCACCAACUGUUCCUAGCCUACGCCAAAGCCCUCGGGGUCGAGGGCCACCGCGUCACUCUCUACUCCCCGCACAAACACGCGGAAAAACCCUUCGUCGGCGUGGAAGAAAUCUCCCGCGAGGAAAUGUGGGGCUUCAUCGACCAAAGGAUGCCGAACGCCUUCAACGUGACCGGGGAGAAGAGCAGAUACACGCAACUCGUCUUUCAGGUGUCGCUGGACCACUGCCGCGCAGUGCUGGAGGACCCGCCGUUCCUCGCCCUGCUCAAGUCGCGGCGCCGCUUCGACCUCGUGGUCGGGAACGGGCUCUUCGGCGACUGCGUCCUCGGCCUGGUGGACGCCCUCCGCGGCGUCCCGUUCGUCCUGCUCAAUCCGCCGGGCGCGCUGCCCUGGACGAGCGAGGCGACGGGGGCGCCGCAUGCGGCCGCCUUCGUCCCGAAUCUUCACACGGCGUUCGCGCCGGAUAUGAGCUUCUUUCAGAGGGUCAAGAAUCUUUUCGCCACGCAGAUGCUCAAGUACAAGAGGAGGGUGAACCUCCUGCUCCCGACGGAGGCCCUCUGGCACCGCAAGUACCAGGGCCUGCGACGGUUCUCGGAGGUGGAGAGGGAGGUGAGCCUGGUCCUCCUCAACUCCCACGUGAGCCACGGGGCGCCGCGGCCGCUCCUGCCGGACCAGGUGGAGGUCGGCGGCCUGCAUUGCACUCCGGCCAGGGCCCUCCCGAAGAGCGGAAUGAUGGUCAAGUCCGCCCUUUGCUUCGUGGUUUUGUCGCUGUUUGGUGUCGGUGCGAACGGGGCGGAAAUCCUCAUCAUCCAUCCACUGGCCAGCAGAAGUCAUCUGAACGUGCUUCAACCUCUUGCGAAGGCCCUGGGUGCCAGGGGUCACAAUGUGACCUUGGUUUCGGCGUACGGCCUCAAAGAGUCAAAGGGUGUGAGGACCCUCAAGGUCCCCGGAUUCGAGGAGGAUAUGAAAGAGGCCGGCAAGGGAAUGUGGGUGCAGGAAGGGCAGACGUCUGUCGUCGGGGUCGCGUUCAUGCAUUGGGUCAUUCACGCGGCUGCCCUGAAAGCGUGUAAUAUCACCUUGACCUGGGGUCCUCUUAAGCCCUACCUGGAGGCUAAGAUGAAGCUGGACCUCGUCGUCACGUCCCUCUUUUUCGAGGACUGUCUCCUCGCCAUCCCGUACCUCAACAGAGUCCCGUUUGUGUACUUCAGUCCUGCAGGGCUGUUCUCGCACAACGCUUUCGCUCAAGGGCAUUUCGAUAACCCAUCUUUCGUCCCCGGCAUCAUGACCACAUACACCCACAGAAUGAGCUUCUGGCAGAGAAUUUUCAACACCCUGAUGUAUUACUCGACCAUGGCCUACGUCCGGUAUUUCAUCAUCCCCGACGAGCAAAAAUUGGUGAAGGAACUCAUCGGCGAGGGAAUUCCGCCACUAGAAGAGCUCGCCUCCAACGCCAGCCUGUAUCUGCUCAAUUCGGACGUCAGCGCGGACUGCCCCAGGAUGCCAGUCUCGAUCUCGGUUGGCGGGAUGCACGUCGUUCCGUCCAAGCCGCUGAGCCGGGUGAGUUGGGCUUCGUUCAUCUGA